CAAAAAUAAACCAAACGAAUCCCGACCCCUUCUCCGCCUCUUCUUCCUCCUCCCCUCCCCUCCCCUCCCCUCCUUCCCUUUCCUUUCUCUCCUCUCCAAUCGCCAUACUUCCCGCUUCCCGCUUUGACCGCCUCCCCUUCCCCCAUAUCAUCUCCCCUUCCUCUCCUCCACUUCCCGCCCGCGCGAUUCACCCAAGAGAGAUGUCAAUGUGGCGCUUCUCCCGCUCCCUCCUCCGCGCCGCCGCCACCACCACCACCGCCACCGCGGCGUGUGCCUCCGCGUCCACGGCGGGGAAGCAUGCCGCGUCGCGGAGGUGGGUGACGCCGCGUGAGCUCCAGAGGUGCUGGUACGCGUCGCUCCCGGCGGCGGCGGCGGCGGUGCCGGGGAAGGACGGGGAGGCGGAGGUGACGGCGGAGGAGGCGAGGAGGCUGAUGCGGCUGGCGAACGUGGAGGCCCUGAAGCGGAAGCUCGGGGACGGCGAGGUGAUCCCGUACGCGGAGCUGCUGCGCGCGUGCGAGGAGGCCGGAGCCGCCAGGACGCGCGCCGAGGCCGCGGCGCUCGCCGGCGCGCUCGACGAGGCCGGCGUCGUGCUGCUCUUCCGCGACAAGGUCUACCUCCAGCCCGACAAGAUCGUGGAUCUUGUAAGAAAAGCUAUGCCACUCGCGCUGACACCUGAGGAUGAUCCAAGAAAGGAAGAACUCAAGAAGCUGCAGACACAGUUGGAAGAUAUAAACAAGCUCGCACACAAGCAAGUUCGUAGAAUCCUCUGGUCUGGGCUAGGGUUCUUGAUCACACAGGUUGGGCUCUUUUUCAGGCUCACCUUCUGGGAGUUCUCGUGGGAUGUCAUGGAACCCAUCACCUUCUUCACCACCACGACAGGCCUGGUUGUAGGGUAUGCCUACUUCCUCAUCACAUCAAGGGAUCCAACUUACCGAGACUUCAUGGAGAGGCUGUUUGAGUCUCGGCAGAAGAAGCUGAUUCAGAGGCAGAACUUCAACCUGGAUAGGUACCUGGAGCUCCAGAGGCGCUGUAAAGGUCCUUUGGAGAAGAUGUGUGGCACAAACCAAACUCCCAACCCUGACAUGGCUCACCUUCACGAGUUGUCCGUUAACAAAUGACAACCUUCGCUCAAACACUAAUCUACCAUUGCUUCUUUUCUUGUUCAAUUUUCUUGGAGUAAUGAUCAAGAAAAUACUAGCAAAGCUGAUAUUUUGCAUUGCCGAGGUGGACAUAUUUCUUUUGCGACCCUUUUUAUGGUCUUCCAUUAUGCAAAUGUGUAGGUUUAAUAGCUACUAUAAUCCUUUUUUGUAACAAUGCUGAAGCACAAGCACAUGAUAGUUGGAAGGAAAGCUUUACAUGUAUGAUCAUAUGACCAGAAGCUUUACCGAGAGCUGUGUAUCUCUGCAGCCACUGCUAAUCUACUGUGCAAUGUGGACAGAUUCAUUAGCUUUAUGGUCUUUUUGGUCGAUUUCGAAUACUUGCCAUA